AUGCCUGAUGGAAUGGUUCCCUUCGAAGGAUAUUUUCCAUUCCAGUGCGACGGUGAACCUGCACUGGAUGACCCACGGUCCCCGCUGGUCAAGAUCAUUGAAACAGUGGGCGAAUACGAACUCUACUGCCACCAAACCCUCUAUGGCAGCGACGCGUACCGCUUGUACGAAGUCCCGGGCUUGUCUGCCCGCAACGCUAAGUACGAUUCCAUGGCUGGCAUGGCCGACAUGACCCCUGGCACAUAUGACCUGGCUUGUGGAGCAGCUUCUACCGCUCCGUAA